GUUUUCGUUCCGCAGGCCAGCCUGCGGACCCCUGAACUAACCUGGGAGAGGGUUCGCUCACAGGUGGACCACAUCAUCUGGCCCGAUGCCAAGAGGAUAGUCCUGCUGGCAGAGGGCCGUCUGCUGAACCUGAGCUGCUCCACUGUGCCCACGUUUGUGCUCUCCAUCACUGCCACAACCCAGGCUCUGGCCCUGAUAGAGCUCUACAACGCCCCCGAGGGAAGGUACAAGCAGGAUGUUUAUCUGCUGCCCAAGAAAAUGGAUGAGUAUGUGGCCAGCUUACAUCUCCCGACGUUUGAUGCGCAUCUCACAGAGUUGACCGAUGAGCAGGCCAAGUACCUGGGCUUGAACAAGAACGGGCCCUUUAAGCCAAACUACUAUAGGUAUUAAACCAUUGAGUUGAAUGAGGAGAUAUCAGUUCUCCAUGAAUCGCACGGACUCAGAGGGAGAAGAGGAGGGGGAUAGAAGGAUAGACGGCAUAGUCAAAACACCUGCUUUACAAAUGGAGCAAAGGAGGGGCCCUAACUUUUCCUGUUUCCUGCUUUAGUUUAUUCCCACCCACCCACAGUAAUAAUCGUAUUAAUAAAAAAAUAAAAAAAAUCACUCCUCUCUGGAGCCACUCUCGCUCCUCGUCGAACAAGAGUCGUUUUACUUUCUCCGCCAUCUCUCUUUAGAUGCGUCGAGUUGUACGUUAGUCCUCUUUCCUCCCUCCACGGCGCCAGAGUUUUGAUUCUUUCUCCUUAAAAAGA